GGGCGAGACCAGGACUUCCGGUCCCGGCGCCGUUCUCGUCGAGGUGGUCUGUCGCCUGCGGGGAGUGGGGUCGCGUGUCCUGCGGGGUCCCGGAUCCGAGUUCGAGGAGUCUGUCUCACGGCUCAGCGCCCUCGCGGAGGUUGGAGAGCGUCCCUGCGGAGGUGAUGUCCGAGCGGGAGGAGGCGGAAGGGCGAUCCGAACCCCAGUGUCCGGCGCUUUAGGUUUGACGCAUAAGAGAAACAAACUCUGCAACCCCUACCCCUGGAAGGACCUGGAAUUCCUGAGUCAGGAUUUGUUGAGCAGUUAUUUUGUACCAGGGUUGCCCUUGAGUGGGGCAAAGCUCCCUGUCUUUGUCCUUGUCACCUGCCCUGGUGUGGCUCCAGGAUGAACUGUCGUUCGGAGGUACUGGAGAUGUCAGUGGAGGGGCGGCAGGUGGAGGAGGCCAUGCUGGCUGUGCUGCACACGGUGCUCCUACACCGCAGCACAGGCAAGUUCCACUACAAGAAGGAGGGCACCUACUCCAUCGGCACCGUGGGCACCCAGGAUGUCGACUGUGACUUCAUUGACUUCACCUAUGUGCGGGUCUCCUCCGAGGAGCUGGACCGUGCCUUGCGCAAGGUCGUCGGGGAAUUCAAGGAUGCACUGCGAAAUUCAGGUGGCGAUGGGCUGGGGCAGAUGUCCUUGGAGUUCUAUCAGAAGAAAAAGUCUCGCUGGCCUUUCUCAGAUGAGUGCAUCCCCUGGGAAGUGUGGACCGUGAAGGUGCAUGUGGUAGCCCUGGCCACAGAGCAGGAGCGGCAGAUCUGCCGGGAGAAGGUGGGUGAGAAGCUGUGUGAGAAGAUCAUCAACAUUGUGGAGGUGAUGAACCGGCAUGAGUACCUGCCCAAGAUGCCCACACAGUCGGAAGUGGACAACGUGUUUGACACAGGCUUGCGGGACGUGCAGCCCUACCUCUACAAGAUCUCCUUUCAAAUUACUGAUGCCCUGGGCACCUCAGUCACCACUACCAUGCGUAGGCUUAUAAAAGACACCCUUGCCCUGUAGGCCUCGGUGAAGCCUCAGGAGCUUCCUCAGGGUUCCCAGACUUUGCUUCUGGGCAUUGUACUGUCAGGCCCUUGGGAUUCUGAAACCCGCUCUGGGUCCUGGUGAGACUUGGAUGGAGCAGACCCUGGCUUCCAUGUUUUGUGGUUGCCAACCUUUGGUCAUCCCUGUGACCUUUGCUGAUGGUCAAGUCCUGUCUACAGUCACCAACCCUUGUUCCCCUUUCUUCUCCACUGUACAGAAGAGCCUUUAUGAGGAUGGUGAAUAAAGUUGAGAUGUGA